AUGGAAGAACAUAUAGAAUCAAAGACCAAUCCAGUUUGUUUUACGGGCGUUUGUGAUUAUCAACUGUCAAAAUAUGAUGUGGCAUGUUUACCAUUUGAUGAGAAUAUGAUUACACAUUUAUCGGCUCUUGUUACUAUAGAACGACGUGCUCAAUGUCCUAAAUGUCUUUUCUAUGGUGAAUUCAAAACCAUGUCGAGAUUUCAAAAGCAUGUGGCAUCAUGCGAUCCAGAUGAUAUGGUUCCAUGUGAAUCUUGCCACUGUCUAUAUAGAUUUCAUCAAUUGGAUGAACAUUACCGAUAUUGUCAUAAUAUUCCAGUACACCAAAGACAAGAAGCAUUUAUAGAUUUUAUUAUAUCGAAAUCGAAAUAUCCAUUUACACCAGUACAAGUUCGUUAUUACAUUGAACUUCAAAAGCAAAAGCGACGGGUGAUUGAUCCACAUGAAAUUGUCGACGGUUUGGCUGCAUUCGGUAUGUUCUCUCAUGAUGUUGAAGGUCAAUUGACAGAAUUCUCAAAAUCAGCCGCUUUCUUUGUCCAUUGA